AUGGACAAUCAAGUGUUGUAUUCAGCAGAACAAAUUCAAAUUCCCAAUGAUUUAGGAGAAGUUCUUAAACAAUAUACAAAGGAUGCUAUCAGAGCCUCACCAGCUGAUUUGAUCCGAUGGAGUGCAAAUUAUUUUGCAACCAAGACUAAUAAACCACUUCCAUUCCCUAAUGUUCCUCUCACUAACACUACCCCUACUAGUACUACUGCUCAAAUACUUGUUGCUAAUUGUUCAGAUGCUACUUCAACUGCUGGUAGUGAAAAUAUAGAAAUUAAAAGUAAAUUAAAUGAUCAACAAAAUACAUAUACACAAGAUUCAUUAUUGGGAAAUGGUAUUUUAACUGGAAUUAAAAAGGAUGGAACAAUUGAUAGUAUUAUUGCUCAAUAUAAACAAUUAGAUAAUGAAUAUAUUAAAUCUAAUAAUAUUGAUAAUGGUGAUGAAAAGAAGGAAGAUAUUACAAUUGAAAAUCCAUCAGUAACAACUCCUACAACACCUACUACUACACCAACAACAACAACACCACCUAUUGAUAUUACAACACCAUCAUUACCUAGUACUGUUAAUAAUCCAAUUGAUGAAAAACCAAAAGAUAUUGAAUUGCCACCAUUGGAAGAAAAGAAAUCAUCAACUGAAUCAUCAAAACCAACAGUUGAUACUCCAACAACAACAACAAAAACAACAACAACUACUACUACAACUCCAUUACAAGAUAAACCUGGAAAGGAAGAAGAAUCAGCUGCUGAACAAAAAUUGAGAGAAGAAAUUAGUAAACUUAAGGCUAAACUUGAAGAAAUUCAAAAGAAGGAACAAGAAAAGUCAACACCAACAGCACCAAUUGAAAAACAAAAUAAGCCUAUUACAAUUGAAAAUCCAUCACCAGUAAUAACUCCUACAACAACAACAACUCAACCAAAGGCUGAAAAAUCAAUUGAAACUACUAAACCAUCUACAACUACUACUACUACACCUUCUAAACCAUCUACAACUACAACUACAACUAUUCCAUCUAAAAUUGAUAAUAAGAGUAGUACUCCAAGUAAACAGACAACAUCAUCUACUACUAGUAAAACAUCGACAACAACAACAACUCCUAAUACUACUACUAACAAAUCAACAACAACAACUACACCAACAAACAAACAAUCAUCAUCUACUACUAGUAGCAGUUCAUCAUCAACAAGUAAAUCAUCUUCCAAAUCAAAGAAUAAGUCUACAACAAGUAGUACAACAAGUAAGAAUAAGACUAAACCAUCAAGUACUUCUCCAACUACCAACAACAAACAAUCAUCAUCUGCUAUAACAAACAAUCAUACUACCACUGGUUCUACUACUACUACUUCCAAUACUAAUAAACCAAGUAGUACUACUUCUACAACAACAACUCCAAGUAACAAACAACCAAUUCAACCUAAUAAGAAUACAGUUGUACGUCCAACACUUAAAGAAGAAGAAGAAAAGAAUAAUGGAAUAUCACAAGUAUUUAUAUUUGGAUUUGGUAUAAUUCUAUUUUUAGUAAUUAUUGCAAUUUUCUUUUUAUUUAUGAGAAAGAGAAAACCAACAUUAAAAUAUGAACCAGUUUCACAAUAUGAAAAUGAUUCAAUUCAAAAUAAUGAUAAUUCCAUUGUUGAAUUAGAUGAUAAACAUAAAGUAAUUAAUGAACCUGUUGAUUUGGAAAUUUAA